AUGAGCACUACUCAAACCCAUCAGUAUCACCAAAACAAGAAUCUUACCCCCCUCUUCACGGACCUUGAGGAUCGCGCCGACCGCAUAUUGACCAGCCUGUACCUGCUCUGGCAGCUAGACGAAGAGUUUGCAGAAAUCCAGAAAGGUCUAGAGCAGCAAGAUUAUAUCGAUCUCAUUCGUGCCAAUACCGAGAAGAUGGAGGCAAACCUUGAAGUCAUACGGCGGAAGAACGAGUUGCUCAACGGUGACCGGUUAUCUGACUGGAUCGAUAAUGGUACUGAUGAGACGGAAAAAGCGAAAAGACAAGGAGAUAUAAUGAGACUGACGAAGAAGAUGGAAGGGUUGCAGAAACAGAUGGCGGAGGCGAUGAGAGUUUAUCUUGGCUAG